AUGCAUGUCGCCACCGCCAGUGCUUCCAUGCCACUGCACCACAUGCCGAUCGUUCGUGGUCUCUCAACCAUAAGCAGUGUGCUGACAUCGCUUCUGCAUGGCAUGGCAUCCCCUUUCACUCGACUCCAUCCUGUUCCACUGGCCCCUGAUUUACCUCCACUCUUCACAGAUCCAUCACCAGGCAUGUCGACCGAGGUUAUAGCAUCGAUUGCGGUCGGCAUCGUUUGUCUUGUGCUGCUCGUUGGCCUGGUGGAGCAGAUGGCAUCGAAGCACCACCCGCACCUGGUGCGGCUGCUGGGGUACUGUGUGCACAUGGAUGCGCGCACGGAGCAGCAUGAGCAGAUCGUCGUCUACGAGUUCAUGCCCAGCGGUGACCUGCAAUCCUGCAUGCCCGCCUACCCCGUCGACGCGCCUGAGAAAGGUGGGGAGUGUGGAAGGGUUGGGAGUGCGGGAAGGGUGGGAAGAGUGAGGGGGAUGGGGCAUUGGAAAGAGAUGGCCUGCUGUGCUGUCCGACAUGGGCGCCACACGGGCGCGCGCGUGCAAGUGCUGUUGGGAGUGGCGCGUGGGCUGCAGUACCUGCACAGCUUUGGCAUCGUGCACCGCGACAUCAAACCCGCCAACAUCCUGCUCGAUGCCCACAUGACGGCCAAUGUGGCGGACUUUGGGCUGGUGAGGAUGGGCAAUGAGAGCACGGGUGACACGACGCGCAUUCUGGGAACACCGGGCUAUGUGGACCCCGCAUACUCCAAGUCGCGCAAAGCCGCCCCCUCCAACGACGUCUACAGCUAUGGCAUAGUCAUGUUGGAACUCUUCACAUCCCAGAGGGCAAUCCUGCGGGAGGGAGACCACAACAUCAACAUCAGGCAAUGGGGACCCGCGCGCACGCGCAUAGCAGCGCCGCUCGCCCAGCAGGACCUCGCGCACGCACGGCAACACGCGCAGGCACGGCAUGCGCAGCGUGUGCUAAAACCGCCGCUGCGCGCCCUUAACUCGCCGACACGCGCCCUUAAAUUGCCGCUGUACGUCUUGUCCGCCUGCGCCCCGUCCUGUCCUGCACCCUGCCCAGCCGCCAGCGCGCACAGCAGCACGCACGAUGUCGCGCAUGAGCAGACGCGCGCGGCGGCAGCUGGGCGCGCACGCGCAACUGCCUCCAGAGUAGGAGCUGUGCGUGCAAGAUCAGCCGUGCACAAGGAGCCGUACGUGCAGCAGCAGCAACUACUUGUAGCUUCUUUAAACGCCGCUGCCCACUCUCAUUGA